AUGGAUAACAGGACAGACGUGACCCACUUCAUCCUUCUAGGACUAACCGACAUCCCUGAGCUUCAGGUCCCCUUCUUUAUAAUGUUCACUCUCAUUUACCUCGUCAAUACGGUUGGAAACUUGGGGAUAAUCCUGUUGAUUCUCAUGGACUCUCAUCUCCACACCCCCAUGUAUUUUUUCCUUAGUAACCUGUCUCUGGUGGACUUUUGUUACUCUUCAACUGUCACUCCCACAGUCAUGACUGGGUUCUUUAAAGUCUACAAAGUCAUCUCCUAUAAUGCAUGUGCUGCUCAGAUGUUCUUUUUUGCAGGCUUUGUUACUACAGAAAAUUACUUCUUGGCAUCCAUGGCCUAUGACCGAUAUGCAGCAGUAUGUAAACCCCUACAUUAUACCACCACCAUGACACCAAGUGUAUGUGCAGGUCUGGUCAUAGGCUGCCACAUUUGUGGUUUCCUGAAUGCUUCCAUCCACGUUGGGAAUACAUUCCCUCUCUCUUUCUGUAGGUCCAAUGUGGUCCAUCACUUUUUCUGUGAUAUUCCAGCAGUCAUGGCUCUGUCUUGUUCUGAUACACAUACGAGUGAGUUGGUUCUUGUUUAUGCAGCCAGCUUCAAUGUCUUUUUAGCUCUCCUUGUUAUCUUAAUAUCCUACAUAUUCAUAUUUAUUACCAUCCUAAAGAUGCCCUCCUCUGCAGGGUACCAGAAGGCUUUAUCCACCUGUGCUUCCCACCUCACAGCCGUCUCCAUCUUCUACGGAACAGGUAUCUUCAUGUAUGCAAAGCCCAGCUCCAGCCAUUCCAUGGAUACAGACAAAAUUGCCUCUGUGUUCUAUAGUAUGGUCAUCCCCAUGCUCAAUCCUAUAGUCUACAGCCUGAGGAACAAGGAGGUCAAGAGUGCCUUUAAGAAGGUUCUUUUGGGAGAAAAGUUGUUUCUAGGUUGA